AUGUCAAGCCUGCUGGCAAGUACAAGAACCUGGCUGUGCAGCUGGCGCUAUCCUGCUCUACGCAGGUUAGUCGAAAGAGACACUCUGACGAAUGCAGCUGCCAUCCAUCCACCCACCUCCUUCCCUGUUGCAUCAUGUAUGUGUGCAGCGGCUAUGCGGCUUCUCUGCUGCUCGACUGCGUCGAAAUCGCCCUCUCCUCUCCCUGGUUUGCUCUCGCGAGGCAGCCAAGGCUGUUUGUUUACGAGCGGCAGCCGAGUGCAACUCACGACGAGCCCCCAAUUCAACAGAGCGGGACAGGCCCGCUCUAUUUUUGUUUUUUACAUACCCUUGACGUGCGCGACGCGACUCUCGGGGUGGGUGCGUUAUCGUUUAGGGUUUAGAUGAGAUGGGAUGUGCAAGUGCACAACGCGGCCACAUGUGUGAGACGACUCUCAUGGGAAGACUGACUCAUCAUGUCUCUUGUAAAUGGCAACUCGGAAGACGUCUGUCGCUCGGACAUGGCAUUCAUUUACACCAUUCAUCGCCAUCCCAUUCAUGUGUCUGCCUGCCUGCCUCUCUGCCUGCCCUCUAGCCGUCACUGGAUGGAUGGAUAGAUAGAAUUGCUGCAGCCGAGACUCACAAUGGCAUACUGAUUCAAGGCACUGGUUCAAGG